GUGAAGUUUGUGGGUCACAUGUGCAGCUGUGUGUCCGGGGCAGAGAGGCUCUUCUGGGCGGGCGUCUCCACUUUAACCACCGCCUCUUUUCUCCAACUGCACUGGGACAGUUCUCAUCCGAGCUCCGGUUUACCCUCCUCCGGCCUGAGCCACUGCGGGACCGCGAUCAACAAGUGUGAACACGGCAUGGGAAGGCUUUUGUGCCCGAGAUGAACGUCUCUCCGCGGAAAUCAGACGCUUGUUUGAGUCGAAAGCGAGGGAAAACUAAAGCGAGCCUUGUUUUUGGACUUCCAGGCUGCUCCCCGUAGGAUUUGAUUCAAAGGCGAAAACCAAGAUGGCCGCCGAUUCCGUGCAGGGGGACUCUCGGGGGCAGAUGGUGGCCGAGCGUCUUGGUUUGGGCCAUAACUUGGACCUGUCCGACACCAUGGUCCAACAGAAGCUGGACGAGAUCAAGGAGCAGAUCCGCAGAGAGAUCCGCAAAGAGCUCAAGAUCAAGGAAGGAGCCGAGAACCUGCGAAAGGUCACCACAGACAAGAAGAGCCUGGCGUAUGUGGACAACAUGCUAAAAAAGUCCAACAAAAAGGUGGAGGAGCUUCACCAGGAGCUGCAGGAGCUGAACGCACACAUUGUGGUCAAAGACCCGGAGGAGCUGCUAGAAUGCCCUUUGACUCCGGACACGCCAAACAGCGAGGCACGGAUGUGCACGACCAACAGCCGCCUGGCCGCUCUGAAGAAGCAGAUUGACAUCGAACUUAAAGUGAAGCAGGGAGCAGAGAACAUGAUCCACAUGUACUCCAACGGAUCCUCCAAGGACCGUAAGCUGCUGGCUACAGCACAGCAGAUGCUCCAGGACAGUAAAAUGAAGAUCGAAUUCAUCCGGAUGCAGAUACUUAAAGCCACUCAGACCAAUGAGCUCAGCUUCGACAACAACGAUGCCAUGGACAAACCGUUCAUCAGCCCACUGGACCUGCGUGUGGAGGAGCUGUGUCACCACGCCCGGAUCGAGUCGGCUGUGGCCGAAGGAGCCAAGAAUGUCAUGAAGCUGCUGGGCACUGGGAAAGUCACAGAGAAGAAGGCACAUUCAGAGGCCCAGGCCCGGUUCAAUGAGUCCAGUCAGAAGUUGGACCUGUUGCGUUACUCCCUGGAGCAGCGUUUGAAUGAGCUGCCCAAGAACCACCCGAGCAGCGCGGUCAUCAUGGAGGAGCUGUCCCUACUCUCCAGUCCAGCCCUCAGUCCACGCUCCAGUUUCAUCUCCACACAGAACCAGUACAGCACAGUCACCAAGCCCGCCGCACUCACAGGGACAUUAGACGUGAGGCUCAUGGGAUGUCAGGAUCUGUUGGAGAACGUCCCAGGUCGGUCUAAAGCCGCCUCGGUCCCUCUGCCUGGAUGGAGCCCCAGCGAAACCCGCUCCUCCUUCAUCAGCAGAGCCAACCGCAACCGCAGUGUCACUUCCCGCAACCUGACCAAGAGCGACGAUCUGUCCAAUGAGAUCAGUGCAGUGCUGAAGCUGGACAACACGGUAGUGGAUCAGACGAGCUGGAGGCCAGUCAGUAACCAGGCCUGGGACCAGAAGUUCACCCUGGAACUAGACCGGUCCCGGGAGUUGGAGAUCUCUGUGUACUGGAGGGACUGGCGGUCGCUCUGUGCUCUGAAGUUCCUGCGUCUGGAGGACUUCUUGGACAAUCAGCGUCACGGGAUGUGCCUUUACCUGGAGCCACAGGGCAUGCUAUUUGCAGAGGUGACAUUUUUCAAUCCAGUCAUCGAGAGGCGGACGAAGCUGCAGAGACAAAAGAAGAUCUUCUCUAAGCAGCAAGGUAAAACGUUCCUGCGUGCUCCUCAGAUGAACAUAAACAUCGCCACGUGGGGUCGGUUGGUGCGCAGAGCCAUUCCCACAGUCAGCACCAACUCCUUCAGUCCUCAGGCAGCAGAGAGCGGCCACAGCAGCCUGCCUGGCUCGCCUACGCCAUGCAGUGACCCUCUGGUAACCAAACUGGACUUCGACAAAGAGCCUACCCCGGGACCCAAGCAUCACCCGAGCCCAGAGGACGAGGACGACCCGGAGCCGCUGCAGAGCCUGGUGCAGAACAAAGUGCCUGACAAAGAGGAGGUGCAGGACGCGCUUGCCUCAUUCGACUUCCUGAAUAAGAGGAACAGCAUCGCCGUGAAGCCCGACCUGGACCUCAGUGUGGACCAAGACGAUCCACACCAAGACCUCCAACUCACCUCCAUGCAGAAGGAUCAAGAGAUAAGGGAAGAGGAGCAGUUUCACUUCAGUCUACAGGACUUCAAGUGUGUGGCAGUGCUCGGACGCGGACACUUUGGGAAGGUGUUGUUAGCAGAGUAUAAAGCCACAGGGGAGAUGUUUGCCAUCAAAGCUCUGAAGAAAGGAGACAUCGUGGCUCGAGAUGAAGUGGACAGCCUGAUGUGUGAGAAGAGGAUUUUUGAGACGGUGAACAGUGUGCGACACCCGUUCCUGGUCAACCUGUUUGCCUGUUUCCAGACGUCGGAGCAUGUGUGCUUUGUCAUGGAGUACGCAGCAGGGGGCGACCUCAUGAUGCACAUUCACGCGGACGUCUUCUCCGAGCCGCGCGCCGUAUUUUAUGCAGCCUGUGUAGUGUUGGGAUUACAGUUCUUACAUGACCACAAGAUUGUCUACAGAGACCUAAAGCUGGACAACCUGCUGCUGGACACUGAGGGUUAUGUGAAGAUCGCGGACUUUGGCCUUUGUAAAGAAGGAAUGGGUUUCAGAGACCGCACUAGCACUUUCUGUGGGACCCCGGAGUUUUUAGCCCCUGAGGUUCUGACAGAGACGUCGUACACGCGGGCGGUGGACUGGUGGGGUCUGGGCGUGCUCAUAUUUGAGAUGCUGGUGGGAGAGUCUCCGUUCCCCGGCGACGAUGAGGAGGAGGUGUUUGACAGUAUAGUGAAUGACGAGGUCCGGUAUCCACGUUUCCUGUCCACAGAGGCCAUCUCCAUCAUGAGGAGGUUGCUGAGGAGGAGUCCAGAGCGGAGACUGGGAGCAGGAGAGAGAGACGCGGAGGAAGUCAAGAAGCAUCUGUUCUUCAGGAACAUGGACUGGAACGGCCUGCUCGCCAAGAAAGUCAAACCGCCCUUCGUCCCGAUCAUCCAAGGCGCCAACGACGUCAGCAACUUCGACGAUGAGUUCACUUCGGAGGCGCCCAUACUGACCCCACCCCGAGAGCCCCGCCCCCUUUCAGUCACCGAACAGGACAUGUUCGCGGACUUUGACUACAUCGCGGACUGGUGUUAGCAUUAGCGAACCAGCGCACUGUGAACGCCUUUUAAAUAACCCAGGGACUCUCCAAUACAGGCUUCAAUGAACUCGACUAUCUGUGCCGUUUGAAGUCUAACGAGAGCCUGAUUUUUUUACCACAAUGAAGAACAGUUUUAAGUGUUUGACCACUGCGAAUGUUCCAGAUGAACUUUACGGCAACGCUACAAUCAUGUCACUGUCUGUACAAAGUAUACUGUAUUUACGUGUAUGUUUUUAUCCUUUUUGUGUUCUGCCGAAACACUUUAAAGGUCCUAUAUUACGCAAAACUGACUCUUGUGAGCUUUAAGCCAUGUUAAAGCCUCAAAAACAUAUUUGGAGUUGUGUUUUGUUUCAUUCAUGUUUGAGUAAUGUGGCAUUAUUAGUCUGUCUACAUCUCCAAAGCUCAGAAUGCUCUGUUCAACCGUGUGAUGUCAUGAAACAGUUUUCAAGGUAACAGCUCCUUUUACCUUUUGUUUAUUAGAAAUUGGCAAUUCCAGAGUUAAAAACACACGACAUCAUAAGGUGUAACGGAGUGUUUUCUCUUUGAGAGAAGAACUUAGCCUAAAUAUGCAGUAGUUUUGCGAGUUAAACAUGUGAAUGAAACAAAACAAAGCUUUGAUGAGGAGACAGCAUUAUAACAUAGAUCAGAAAAUGGCGUAAUAUGAGCCCUUUAAGGAGCCAAAAAUGCAAGGGAGAGGUAGUUUGUGCCACCCAAACAGAACAAGAACUGCUACUUACAUGUCUGAGCCCAAAUGUUUCCAUAUAACAUAUUUUUGUAUAAUUCUGAAAGUCUUCCAUAUCAAAUGCAGACAAUCAUUUCUACCUGUAGCCUAAAGCCUAGCAGUGUUAAGUGCAUGAACUGUAUAAUUAUACUAUGGAGAAGACCGCACUGCCUUCAAGCAAAAAAUGAAAUGAGGUGUCAAAUUUAAGAAAACCCUAUUGUUGGAAUGUCAUAUGCAAUUUUACAGUGAACUGAUUGAUACUUUGCAGUAACAUCAUGCUGGGGGUGUUCAUGUUCAGCAUGUACCAUGGUGACACAAUGCACACAUUAGCAAACACUGCCAGCACAUUUUCAGGAGCCUGUGAUCAAUAUGAGCGUCCAGGACCACGGUCAUAUUUGGGUGUUUGAUUUUCAACAAAGAAGGUGAGAGAGACUAACUGAAACUGUUGGCUAAUGCCAGCUAGUAUGUGACUGUAAUUUCAUGUGAGAGACACAAAUAAUCUCACCUGUUGUUCCAGCUAAAUCAGUUCUUUAUGAUCAUAUUGUAUCAAAACAAAGCUCAGAUUAAAGUCUAAUUUGAGUAAUAGAGUUUAAGAAAGAGCAGUGCCUCCAGUUAGAAUCACAGCCCCAGAGAAUGUUGAUGACAUCAGCUGCAAAGUAUCAAUAAGCUAUUAGUUGUAGUUAAUUCAUACUUGCGACCAGUACAAUGAAUUACAAUAAGUGAGUGAUAACCAAUCAAAUAAUUGUGUAAAUUUAAAAAUUCUGUUUUUUUUUGUUUGUUUUUUUUCUUUUUUAGAGAUUAGUUUGAAAUACCAAAUGUAACAUUUUGGACCACUGAUUGGUAAUUGCAUUUUAAGAUGUAAUUUUGUUAUAACAUAAAUCUCAACAGUUUAUCAUUAUUUAACAUUAGCUGUACUCGCUGAUUGGUUUUAUUCUAAAGUUAUGCCUUGAAAGUGCCAAAGCUAAAAAAUGUUCACUAAUAUGGAUUCUGAAUAUUUGUGCUUUUUUGAUAUUGCCUUUGGAAGCGGCAGUAAUCAAAACGCUGCCACAAUGAACUAAAAAUAUAAAUGUAAAUGAGGCUAGAUCUAAUGAAUUUAUUGAUUUUUCUAUAAAUUAUUGAUCAAAUAUGACAUAUAUAAGUAGUCAGAUAAUCCGGUAUUUACCCACACCAAAACCUACUGGGACAAACCUCAGCAUUAUACCAAAUUUAGAAAUCUUUUGCAGUAAUAUUUUGGCAUAAGGAAAGAUUAAACGUAAACAUUUAAAUGUAUUUUUUUUUAGAUAAAUAUGAAGUUAUUAUAUUAAUCUCUCAGUCUAAAUGUUUGAAACAUUUUACAUUUUAAAUUAAUACAUCUAUUACGUAGAUGCCAUUUGCUGUUUGGUCCAUUAUAAUUACAUUUUAGAGCCAUUGUUGAUCUUGUCAUCUAAUUUAAAGAGGGGGUAUUAUGCAAAAUUGACCUUUUGGAGCUUUCUACCCUUUAUAACAUCCCCUCACCAAAAACAUGCAUAAAGAGGUUUUAUCUCAUCCACGCAUGUUUGAUUAAUCUAGUGAUCUCUCCCAGGCCCUACUCUAACCCUCCUGAUGGUUAGUGAAUGCUCCCAUAUGACAAGUCUCCAUAAAUAUGCAAAAGCAAUUGAUACAAAACAAUAUACUACAACUUCACAAACCUGAUACAAUGUGUAGUAGUUUCAUUAGUGCGGUGCACAACGAUUUUGUUGGGAUAGAGCUUUGAAGGGAGUGCGGGGAGCAAGGGGAGCAUCAAAAACAAACUAAUUAAACAUGUCAUGUUGUUUACGAUGAGUAUAGCAUUUUCAAAACAAUAAAAGGUAACAUGGUGAUCUACAUGUUAUGUGUUAGCAGCUAAAACCCCACAGAAGUGUAAUAGCCCCUCUUUAAUGAUAUUUACUGUCUUUUUGUCAAGAAACGCACUAUACAGUUUCAUAGCUGGUCUUUACAACAGAAAGUCUGUUCAGUGACUCAUUCUGUUUGAUGGCAAUGACAUUUCUGCUUGAUUUUUGUGUUCGUUUUGCGAUUUCCAUCAAACUGUUUAUGGACAAGCUUCAAUACCUCAACUUUAAAGACUUGUAUCUACAGCAGUACAACCAAACCCGUGUCUUCCUGAAGCUGCAAAAGUGGUUAAAAUGACAUCGACUGACAUGUUCCCUUCAUCUUGUUUCAAUUCUUGGCUCCAUUUGAACAGUCCACAAUCACUUUAAAGGAGCCUCCUAUAUUAAGACUGUAUACACACUUAAGCUGAAAGCACUAAUUCUAUCCAUAGUUUUGAAUUAUCUACGUUUUCUAAUGAUGAACAUAGAUUGUACAAAGUUGUUUUUUAUUCUUUGCUUGUUGUGCAUGUUGUCAGGACAGAUGGAUGGUACACCAUUAUCACUGAACUGUUCACACCGGUGUAAAAAGUCAAGGCAGUGCUGACAGUUGUUGCCUAUCGAAAUGCACAAUUAAACAUUUGUAAUAGUGA